AAAGCAGAAGUCGCCGCCGCCGCCGCCGCCUUCAACUAUUGGCAUGAGCGUGUCACCUCCAGCUUCCAUAAAUAGUGGAAUGGGAAGGAAUGGUUUUACAAUGCAGCAAUUCUACCCUCAAAAUCAUCUCCAGCCAACGCCGUCCGUACCAACAGAGUUGCCAGCAUCAGCUCCGCCCGGCCGCCUCUGGAAUACAUCGGGGACCAUCUCAUCGCCAUUAGCGACGCCAUCAUCUCUUGGACUUUACACUGGCUGGGGUUCGCCCGGAUCUUCCAAGUCAUCAUCUCAAAACGACUGGAACGCAUUCGGUUCCACCCCACAUCCCGACUACACAACCAUCGAUUGGAGCUUAGAUCCGGCACCGAGAAAAUCAUCCACAAAGAUCGAUAUCGUAUCCGACACAUGGUCGACGAUGUUCAUGGGAGGAAAUGCUACAGGCCCUCUCAUGAAUGGUGGAGGUGGAGCUUAUCUCCCAGAAUUACAGGAA